GUGAACUGUGGCUCACAGCGUGGGGUCCGUGGAGUUUCACGUGAUUUCUGAGUAAAAGCUCCACCUUUGGGAUAAACCGGAGGCGGCAUCUGUGCUCUGCUGCCUGCCGGGACAGACGGAGACCUGAUGCCGGAGUGAGCAGUGCCGCUGCGGGCUUUCUUUUCUCUCCCUUUCCUUCUCUCUCCUUCUGACUAUGGUUUUCUUUCCCCACCGCUCUGACACCGAUGAGGGGGCUUUGUCCGAAAAGCUACACAGAGAAACAGAAACUUGCACGUCGUCGUCGUCGUCGUCAGUGAUGAGACUCUGAUGAGCGCGGAGAGGACAGGAUGCCCGCCAGCGGCGCCGACUCGCUCAAACCCAGCGCCUUCAUCCCGGUGUGCACGGCCGCCUGCCUCCUGGUCGGCUCUACCUCCCUCUUCUUCGUCUUUACAUGCCCGUGGCUGGCUGUGACCAUCUGCCCUGCUGUGCCACCAUGCUGUGCCAUCCUCUUCCUUUUUGUGCUCGCCAACUUCACUAUGGCCACCUUUAUGGAUGCUGGCGUGCUGCCAAUGGCAAACGAGGACGAGGACAAGGAUGACGAGUUCCGCGCUCCGCUGUAUAAGAAUGUGGACGUGAAGGGCGUCCAAGUGCGGAUGAAGUGGUGUGCUUCGUGUCAUUUCUACAGACCUCCACGCUGCUCCCACUGCAGUGUCUGUGAUCACUGUGUGGAGGACUUUGACCACCACUGUCCCUGGGUGAACAACUGCAUAGGGAGACGAAACUACCGCUACUUCUUCCUGUUUCUGUUGUCACUGACAGUUCACAUGAUCGGUGUCUUCACAUUUGGCCUCAUAUAUGUCCUGCACCACAUGGACGAAUUAUGGAAGCUGCACUGCACUGUCACUUUGGUAGUGAUCAGUAUAUCAGGGCUGUUUUUUAUCCCGGUCCUGGGUCUCACUGGCUUCCACCUGUACCUGGUCUCCAGAGGACGCACAACCAAUGAGCAAGUAACUGGGAAGUUUCAGGGGGGAGUAAAUCCUUUCACCCGAGGUUGUUGUAACAACCUGGAGUAUCUGGUUUGCAGUCCCAUCUCUCCAAAGUACACAGCAAGGCCCUCUAAGAAAACGAUGAUCCAUGUUCAGCCUCCGUUCCUGAGACCAGAGACUGAUAAGCAGCCGCCAGUGAAAAUCAGAGAUAACGGGAUACAGACUCAGAAUCUCCAGAAUAAACGAACCUCAGCUGGAGCUGUUGAGCUGUCAGACAUCAAACAAAUGAAAACUCCACCACCGCUGCCACCAAAACCAGACCACGGCCUGCUGAAAAGCCAACUUUCUGCUCUGGAUGAGAUGGGACACCAUACCAAAUCCAUCAUUCCUGUAUCCAUUCCCACUGUGCCACAGCUACGGCCUGUCCUGGAAGCCAUAUCCAGAGGAUCGUCACCCAUUCCUCCGGAGCAGUUACUGAAGACAUCAGAGCAGCAAGGGAAUAACAAAAGUCCUGACCUUCACUCUGAAUCUAAAGAAAGCCCUGCGAGAGGUACCCAGCAGACGGGCCUUUCUGCCCAGACCAACAGCAUCUCCAGCCCGCUGCAGGUCAACUCUCUGACGCUCAAUUCCCGCUCUCUCACCCUCAAACACAGCAGUCGUCAUGGCAGCAAAUCCCAGCUACCUGCCAUGCAUGGUGACGGUGUGGGCUCUAAUCCCCCACUGGGCAUCAUCACCUCUUCCAGCCUACUGGACAACCACAGCAGCAGCCUUUCCUAUGACAAUCUCAUCAACCCUGCAGACCCUCAAUUCCUAGCUCAGAGAGGGCCUCCUCCAGUCAGCUACCACCCUCACUUUAUGGCUCUAGGCGCAGAUGGGACUGUGGUGCAGCGGCCCCUUCCUCACGCCUACAGUCCCGUGUUUAUGGGUGUCACCAGACAGUCUCCUCAGCCUCGAGAUCCCUCACCUUCUUUGCAGGGCCUCACCUCAAGGGAUCCCUCACCUUCUUUCCAAGGUUACAUCCAAAGAGACCCUUCUCCGGCUUUUCCGGGGGUGAUGGCAAGAGACCUUGCAUCCCAAACCGUAACAUCACGAGACCUCACCCCUCCAGGUCUGGUGAUGCGAGAUAUGAUGUCUCAGAGUCUUCGAGACAGCCUUCGGGAUCUCGGCCCUCAAGGCCUGACACCUCAGAAGUCUGCCGCUGCACGCUAUGACAGUUUCUCAAAAACCAUCAUGGCAUCGAUCCACGAGAGAAGGGAGAUGGAGGAGAGGGAGAGGAUGCUGCGCCUCCAAGCCAGAUCUCAGGCCCUCUAUGGUCCAGAUAUGGGGAUCUAUGACAUCCCAAGCAGGAGGAGUCUACCUCCAGACAACAUCCGACCACUGGUCUCCCGUGGUCCAACGCCGCCGGCCUAUGGCUCCAGGGAGUUUCUCAUGAGUACAGGCAUCCUCGGUUAUGGCAUGAGGACCUCACCUCUCUCCAGUUCCUCCACAUCAUCUCUGACUCGAGGCCCAAAAACAUCCAGCUCCCCUCUGCAGAGCAGCAGCAGUAGCAGCCUCCAAAGCAAGGGCAGGUCUUCCUCUCCAGCUUACUGUCCUCCUGACAGACAGACGCAACCCCUCCCUGCCUCUACAUCCACUCUGCCCCGCUUACCAUCCUCCUCCACCUCUUCCGCCCCUUCGUACACCUCCUAUGCCACUGCAAAACGAUCCUCGCUCACAUAUUCUUCUGAGGGGAAGGACUCAGUCACCCUUGGAGCCCUGAAAUAAGAAAACAUACUCCAUGUUUCUGGUGGUGUGAAUGAAUCAUCAAUGCAGUGUUAGUCUCAGUCUUCACAGAUCCGAAAUACUUUGUAAAUAGGAGGCCAUUUGGGAAUCACUUGUGUGGGAGGGAGUGUGUGCAGCAAAUACACAGUGAAGUAUAAACUUAGAAAUCCAUCCAUUUUCUAUACCGCUUAUCCGUCGGGGUCCCCAGGGGGUAUGGUGGGGGUCUGGAGUCUCUCCCAGCUGACUACGGGCGAGAGGCGGGGUUCAGUUCAGUCAUUCACAGGGCUGACACAUAAAGACAGACAACCACACACUCACACUUUGGGACAAUAUAGAGUAACCAGUUAACCUCAAGUACAUGUUUUGGGGAGUGGGGGACAAAGCUGGAGUACAAGGAGAAAACCUGUGCAGGGACAGGGAGAACAUGCAAACUCCACACAGAAGGGCCUAGACCAGGACUCAAACCUGGAACCCACUUGCUGUGAAGCAACAGUGCUAACCACUGCACCACCAUCCUGCCCUCGCGUUAGAAGUAUUUUUGCAAAAUCAUGUAAGUUUGACCAUGUCCGAGGAUCUCAGGAUAGUCGUGCCUCCUCUUACACACAGAGCGAGCUCUAUAAACCCAGUCAAAGCAGAAGGGCUUUGUGAUAACACAGAUUAACUUAUUAUCUGUUUAUAUGUGUUUUGAUAUUGCUUUUGUGAAACAAUGUAAUGCUAUAGCGUCUAAUUUCUCUCCUGCUGCAGAAUAUACCCAAUUUAAUAGAAUU